AUGCCCUUCCGACUACAUCUUGUCCGUCAUGCCGAGGGAACUCAUAAUCCCGGUCACGACACAACAAUUCACGACCCACCGUUAACAGAGAACGGGGUCAAACAAUCGGAGGAUCUCAGCCAGGACUUUCCUUUCAAUGAGAGGGUGGGUCUGGUGAUCACAUCACCUCUUACACGUACCCUCCACACAGCACUGCUGGGAUUUCAAAAGGCCUUGGACAAGAAGUACUACACCAACGGACUUGGGGUUGCGAAUGGCGCAACACUUGUUUUAGAGCCUGAUGUCCAGGCCCACACUGCACGGCCCUGUGAUACAGGAUCUGACUGGUCUGUUGUGCGAGCGAGAUUCCCUGAUCUACAAUGGGAAUUGCUUGCCCAGGAUGCUUCUUUCCCGGGGAAGAAAGGGCGAUAUGUACCUGAGCACGAGGCUCUAUUUCAUAGGGGACACGCAGUGCAGGCGAAGUUGGAAGAGAAAUUCAAGGAGUUGGAGGGCAGUGAUCGACCGGAUAUUGCUGUUGUAACUCAUGGGGGGUUUAUGAAAUAUAUUGCGAAUGACAGAGAAGUGCCCAACACGGCGAAGUGUCGUACUGUCUUGGUAACAUUUGACGAAGAGUCUCGAUUGAUCGCUGAGAACAUUCCUACCUAG